AGGAAAGUCGAGCAAGAACUCCCGGUGCAGCCGCGAGGACCAUCCUGUUAUCCUGUGCAAAAGUAUCGUAUUCGUAUUGCAAUCAUGCAUUACAAAUUUUCUUGUUAAGUCAAAUCCGCAUUACAAAUUUUAUUUCUAAUGCUAAGGAAAUUUGUAAUGCAUUUAUACGAGUACGAUACUUUUGCAAUCCAUACCUGUGGCAGCCGCACGAAUUGGUGCAAUUCCAGUCGGUAUGGAUUGCAAAUCUGUCUGGGUCUGGAAAGUUGUGAUGCUAAAAUGCGCAUGACGAAAACGCUCCCUCAUGCAGGAGAGCAUGACAAGUUAUUCGCAGAACGCUUCCUCAUACGCGCUCCGCAUGAGAAACUGCGUUUUUGUAUGACAAGCGAGGCUGUGACUUUUGUGGGUCAUGCAAUACAGAUCUCACAGGAAUGCAAGACCAGCAUUACAAGUUCCAACUUUCCAGACCCAGACAUUUUUGCAUUUGAUAGUCGGUGCGCCCGGGCCAGUACGCGCGUGCGCUCAGCCUGGUGGACCAGGAUCAGGAAGCGCUGCAGGAGGCCUGGCAGCACCUCUGCCAGCUGCAAGGGGCCGUUUCCGUGGUCGACCACGGGGACGAGAGCUUCGUCGGCCACGUGGGCGGGGGCGAAGAGAUUUAUGGUUCCCAGUGGUCAGAUAUGAAUUGCAAAUAUGUCUGGGUCUGGAAAUCUGUGAUGCUGAAUUGAGCAUGAUUGAAGCGCUUUCAAUGGCAGCCAGGCAUGACAAGUUUUAGAGGCGCCUGCUGAUGCCUACCACGCAACACAAAUUGCGUUUUUGCAUGACAAAGCAAGCUCCUCUUUUGCUGCUCAUGCAACAGAGAUUUUCCAGGAAUGCAAGACACGCAUCACAAGUUCCACUGUUCCAGACCCAGACAUUUUUGCAUUUGAUAUCAGAGCCGAGAUCUAUUUCUCGCGGAGGUGGUGUAAUUGCUGUCGAGAACAGUGGUUGUAGUACUAGGACUAGCCCCCGCGGCUGCCGGGGGAACACGAAGAGCACUAUCCUGAGUAAAAACGUCCCCACACCAGAGUCAAGGUGGAAAAUCUGCUAGACAAAUCUGUCAGCUUUUGCUGUUGCGCAUGACAAGUUUGGCAUCGUGGUGUAAUCCUGUUUAGCUAGUUCAGAAGCAUUACAGAUGAAGCAUAUCAUGCUGAUUCUAGCAUGACAAGUUCCCAAAUACGAAUAGAAAAUGCUUCUUAUGGGGCUCCGCAUGACAAACGUUUUUGGCAUGCAGAUUUGCAUUACAACUCUGGGGUGGGGACGUUUUUACAAAUGAUAAGCACUGCGUCUACUUCAUCGACGAUCAGGGACGAUGUGGAAGUAGUGGGUGGCGAUGACGAGCAGAGCAAGCAGCCUGUGUUUGUGGAAGAGAAGCGUACAGCUCCCGCUGCAGUGGAUCCUGUAGGCAGAAGUAGUUGUACCUCUGAAAUAAUUCAAAACAUUUAAUUGGCCUAGGGGGUAAAGUCAAUGAAAAAGAAAAUGAAAUAAAGCGCCCACCUCAUAUAGUCUGAUAAUCGUUUUCUUUUCACGAUAGUUGUAUAUUUAUUGUCAUUCUCAAUUUCUAGUAACGCGAAGAAGAAGUUUGCGCUAUACGACCCCAAAGAAUUCUUGACGGAUCAUAGAUAGUUGUACCCCUAGUAUUUGAUAAGCUUCCCAUGAUCAUGUUUUGACGUUUUGCUCCGCCAUUCCAGUGAUAUACCAGUCGAUUUGUAGUAUAGAGUCAGUCCGAAGUAAAAGUAA